UUUAAAAGGAGGUGGAUGCCGAGCUCUUUAAAAGCCGCUGACGGCUCCCUCCUGAUGCUCUUUUCAUCAUGGCACAGCCUGUGUAUUUUGGGGGUGGGAGACGGCAGCAGAAAGCUCCCGCGAAGGCUCGGGGAGGGCUUGCGGGGCGGGGUCCAGGUAGCGCCGGGGACAGGGCAGGCCCCGGAGUUUGCCAGCCCGCGGGCGGAGGCCACGUGGGCCCCUCUGCAGUCCUGCCCCCGAGGAAAAGCUGCAGCCGCGGCUCGCUGGGGCACCUGUCCGGGAAGAGUCCGCGGGCGGAGCUUCGCUGGUCCGGUCGGGGUCUCCCAGCCGCCACCGCAACGGCUGCUGGCUCCGGACCCUGGAUCCAGGAGAAUCUGGGGCGGGACGGAGUGGAAGCGAGGAGGGAGAGGGUGGCGCCGGGCAAUGGAGAGCGGGCCCGGUACCCUGCGGAAGAAGGCGGCGGAGCGGCAGCACCGGGCCGAGGUGAUGCUGGCGGGCGAACAGCUGAGGCUUCGACUUCAUGAUGGGAAGCUCAUCAAGGAUCGACGUUACCAUCUUCGGACGUAUCCCAACUGCUUUGUGGCCAAGGAGCUCACAGAUUGGCUAAUAGACCAUAAGGAGGCCCCGGACAGAGAAACAGGCAUUCGGCUCAUGCAGAAACUAAUGGACCACUACAUCAUUCAUCAUGUGUGUGAUGAACAUUCAGACUACAAAGAUGCCAAACUGCUGUACCGUUUCCGCAAGGAUGAUGGGACCUUCCCCUUAAACAAGGAUGUCAAAGUGUUUCUUCGAGGCCAGAGUCUGUAUGAAGCGCUGGUGAGUGCAGAUGACUCAAUCCUCAAAGUGCGGGAGGAAAAGUCUAUCAGGUACCAGCGCGCUUUCUUGGGCUCUGAGAUGGUGGACUGGCUCACUCAGGAGGGAGAGGCAGCCAGCAGGAAGGAGGCUGUGGAGCUGUGUCGGGCUCUCCUGGAACAUGGGAUCAUUCAACAUGUCUCUACCAAGCACCACUUCUUUGACAGCAAUCUCCUCUAUCAGUUCCGGAUCAAUUUCCGUAGGCGAAGGCGGCUGACUGAGCUUCUGACUGACAGCCUCCGAACCGUCCCUGAGAGUCCUGAUAGCCCCUUCUGUCUUCGAAAGCUCAAUCCAGACCAGGGCAAUACAAGCUUCCUCUCAGUUCAGCCUAAUAAAGAAAUCAAAGUGGUCUCAGCUGUCAGGAGAAGCAGUGUCACUAGCCUAACAGGGGGAGCUGGGCCUUACUACAACAGUCCCCCCCUUCUGGGGCUCCCACCAGGCUCUGAGUGUAACCCCAAGUCAGUGCUAAAGAGACAGGUAACCAGUGAAGAACUGCUGUCCCCAGGAGCCCCCUAUGUGAAGAAGACCCUAACAAUCGUAGGGGAUGCUGUGGGUUGGGGAUUUGUGGUCCGGGGAGGAAGACCCUGCCAUAUCCAGGCUGUGGAUCCUGGAGGCCCAGCUGCUGCUGCCGGCAUGAAGGUGUGCCAGUUUGUGAUCUCAGUGAAUGGCAUUUUGGUGCUACAUCUGGACUAUCAGACAGUCAGCAACCUCAUUGUGACGGGGCCACGGACACUGAUUAUGGAGAUUAUGGAAGACAUGGAGUAAAGGAGCCUGAAAGCUUCCUUUGGCAAUGUUCCCCCUCUCCAGGGCCUAACUCCCAUUGCCAGCCAGGAUGAAGUCUAAGGCCAUCAAAAUCCUAGUCCAAGAUGUGUGUGGGGGAGGAGCUGUAACUUUAGAGAGAGAAAUUCCAAAACGCUGAGAAUGACCCAGAUGCCCAUUAUAUAAACUUAUUGAGUACUUAGAAUGUGCAAAACUCUCUGUGUUCAACACAGAGAUGGGUAGUUAUGCUGCUGCCCUCAGAGAGUUUGCAGUCCAGUAGGGAGUAUAUUAUAUACACACAUGCACACACACACUAAUAUACAUGUAUGUAUGUAUACAUAUAUACACAUAUGCCUAUG